AUGGAUCCAGCAAAGAAAGGCCAGCAGCUUGACGAGGACGACGACAUCGUUGAGCUGGACGCCGACGAUUGGGGACCGGCGCAGCAGGAUGCGCGCAACGCUGCGCUGUGGGACAAGAGCUGGGACGACGACUCUGCCGGCGACUAUGUGGGCCAGCAGAUCCGCACUGUGGCGCGCAAUCAGCAGCAGCAGCAACAGGCACCACCAGGCCAACAGCAGCAGGGCAAGGGCGGAUGA